AUGUGCAGAGGAACACACACACAUGUGCCUGCAGGAUGUCAGCAAAUGAAGACAAUACACAUGUCCAAAUCUGUGAUGUCCGCACCCUUCCUACAGCACCCAGCCCUCACAGCUGGACAGAGACGCUACCUCUGCAGCAUAGCUAAUGUGUACAGUACGGAGCACAUGAGACGCCAGAUGAAGCAGCACUAUCUCCAUGUGCUGCACUCGUGUGUCCAGUCAGGUCAGAGUCCCUCCUGCAGGGGGGGGCAUCAGCGUGGAGACAGCAGCACGUUGACACAGGAUGCAGGGAAGGAUGUGGAGGCAAGGGCGAAGCCACAAGGGCAGAGGAAGGGCAGCAGCAGCAGCGGCAGCUCCGCCAAUCCUGAUGUCAUACUUCCCAAAAUAGUCAACCGAUGA